GGCGUACACGGAACUCGCGGUAGAUGGUUUCAACGCUGUCAAGCAUUAGCAGUGUUGGUACUGCAAACUCGUUGUUAGUUGUAUGUGUCUGUUGGGUAGUGGAUGUAGAUGUAGAUGUCUGCUAAAUGUGCCCACGUGAACUGUUAGUUUAAUUAUCACAAAACAUUGCUGUAUUAUAGCAUUUUUGCGUAUCUAAAGCCGUGCCUUUUUCAUUGCACUUUAGUAGGGACAAGUGAAGCACUCCGUUCCAUUAUCUGCAGUUAUUAAACUUAUCUGUUUUUAUAGUUGCGUAAAAAUUUGCACCCCAUGCUUGGGACUUACAUUAUGACCACUACACUAUUCAUGUACCUUGUUCUUUUAAUGUGUUUUACUGUUACAUCUUCAAAGGAUUUAAAGGAGACUUGUAGAACUUGCAGGAAAAUAGCCCAGAAGUUUAAUAAGGGAUUAGAAGAUACCACUAACAAGAAUUUUGGAGGAGGUAAUACUGCCUGGGAAGAAAGAAAAUUGGCAAAAUAUGAAAUUAGUGAGGUUCGCCUUGUGGAAAUCAUAGAAAAAUUAUGUGAUAGCAGCGACUUUGAAUGUAAUAAUAUGGUGGAAGAGCAUGAAGAACAAAUUGAGAAAUGGUGGUUCAAAAAAAGGAGCAAGCACCCUGAUCUUCUGAAAUGGUUCUGUGUGGAUACCAUUGAAGUUUGCUGUCCUUCAGGAACAUAUGGUCCAGACUGUCUAGCAUGCCAUGGUGGUUCAGAAAGACCUUGCCACGACAAUGGUGAUUGUGAUGGAGAGGGCACUAGAGGUGGCAAUGGAGUCUGUCACUGUAAAGCUGGCUACAAGGGUGAGCUCUGUGAAGAAUGCACAGAUGGUUAUUACAGUGCAUUUAAAAAUGGUACUCACUCCAUCUGUUCAGCUUGUCAUGCAGCCUGCAAGAUUUGUUCUGGGCCAUCUAUCAGAGACUGUGAAGAAUGUAAUCGUGGAUGGACAGAGAAUGAAGAAGAUGAUGGUUGUAUAGAUAUUGAUGAAUGUACGUCUUCACCUUGUAAAGAAAAUCAGUACUGCUUAAAUUCAGAAGGCUCUUACAGUUGUAAAGACUGUGAUACUUCUUGCAAAAGUUGCACAGGAGAGGGUCCAGAGAAGUGUGAAGAGUGUGCACCUGGAUACUCUGCAGAAAGUGGAAAAUGCACAGAUAUAAAUGAAUGUGAAGAUUCUGAAAAGGUGUGUUCACGGGAAAAUGAGGUCUGUAUUAACACAUUAGGAAGCUACAAGUGUGCUUGUUCAGAAGGUUUUGAAGACCAUGAUGGCUCAUGUGUAGAAACCGCAAAAUCAGAAGACUCUGUUAAAUCUGAAGACUAUUUGACCUUAGAAGCUCAGCCAUUGUCUGCUGAUCAUCAAGACUUAUGAUUUUAUUUUUAUGUUUUGUAUUUCUAAGUUAUUUGAGCGGACAUUUCAUGUACUGUUGCAGAAAACUGUGGAAACCUUUUUCACUAUUUUUAAGUCCACUGAUACUGAUAAUGUAGAGUGUGUCAUACAGAUGUAUGGAUUUGUUUUAUUGAAAAAGGAGAAUGUUGUAUAUUUUAAUACAGCUAUUUCUAAUAAACUUUUAUUUGUGAACAUUUA